CCUAUCAUGUUUCUCUGUGUGAGACGGUGCGACCUAGUUACACAUGGCAAGCUGGCGCAUCCUGAACAGAGCGAGCAGAAACCAAGUCUCGAAUAUUCGCAGGUACUGUCAAAGCCAGAGUACGAGUCUAGGUAGCUUGAGGUGGCGCUAAAUGGAGGACCAAAGAGUCAGACGGGUGAAUACGUGGCUUGUGGGGAAGAUUAUGCAAUAACCUCUGAACUUUGAACAAGAAACCGUGUCAGGGCCAUUCAACAUACAGAUUAAACCAUGAGACCAUUAGGAUUGUGUGGAUCGUAUCGCAUCAGCCAAUCACUGCCGGUGGCUCUUGCUUUGACAGAGCCAAUCACGACGGUUCUCCUAUCUCCCCUCCUAGUGGACUUGUAUUCCCGCCCCGAGGUCAUACUGAGUUGCAACAAACAUUACGUCUUGUUUGUGGAUUGUGUGUUCGUUAUCACCACGAUAUGCAGCUUAUUAGCUGUAGCAUUUUGCAUGAGCAAUAUUAUUCGCCUAUCGCCCAGGACAAACAAAGACAUUGUGAAAAAUUUGAAAAGUGCCUUCGUCAUCACGUCAGUACUGAACCUCGUUAUGACAUGGACGUUUCUCUCCGGAAUUUCCCGAGAUGAGCCGUCAGAUGAAAUGGACGAUGAGAGUUGCCAGUAUUGGUCGAUGAAACAAAUGGCCCGCUCAAUAGGGCUGAAGUCUCUCAUUCCACAAGUCGUAAUGUGCAUUACCAUCUUACUUUCUUCAACAUUCCUUUGUCUUAACCGACUCAAAACAGGCAUCUCUGAGGAGGGGAAGGAUUCGUCCAAUCAGAACAUCGCAAAGGAUAUAGUUUUGCCUCUGUUAUCAACUUUACUAUUUCAAGUCUUCUAUUUCAUAUUGCGGUUGUCGAUGUCGCGCUGCACGUGUGGCUGGUUCACGCUGCUGUCGCGGAGGAUGGGGAGCACGCUGGAGCUGUGUUGGAUCAAGUCUAUGUUUGUGGUCUCUUCACAAAUUCUCUGUACUUUCUACUUGAGGCGUCGGGAACAGUCUCACCUAUUCAAUGGCCACCAUCAUCAGACAAACAGUUGAGAAACAUGGACCAGUAACUCAACCCCCAUUGCGCGGAUAUAGUCGGAUUACCAAAGAACAUAACAGAGUUAAUAAAAAAAAAAGAAU